UGCCGCUCAAGAGGCGGGGUUUGACCUCGCAGCUCUGAAAACAUCACUAAUCCAGUAUUUCAGGUGCAGAAGUCGAUCAUUGCUCACUACAUCUGCGCAUCAACAACUGCAAGAAACACAGACGACUCUAAAAACCGGAAUAGCCUACAGCAAGUGAAUGGGACCGAUGGUGUCAAAAACUGGAAUUAUACAGGAAGAAAGAGUCCGUAACGAUGAUAACAGCUAAGUUGUAACACGUGCUUUUAGUUAUUUGGUUUAAUUUAUAACGAGCCUUCUAUGGAAUUUAUCCCGCAACGACUGUUGGGACAGGAUCAUAGGCUUCGUCAAUUUCCACCGAAAAUCCAGCUGUUUCCAUUUCAAGAAUUCAAACACAUUUGGAAGAUCUGCAGAUUCCCUAUCUUGGGAUAUUUUGGUAUUUCUUUAAAACGAUCAGACCUAAUUGACAUCCAAUGGUAAGAGCUGCCUGGUUAGAUCUUCGCUAUGGAUGAACCUUGGAAAGGGCCGAUCAAUUCCAUUUGACUGCUCUAUAACGUCAGGGCAAUGUGGAGUGCCCCCAGAGACAACCGGGGCCCACAGCCCCUCCCAUCCCUGUACUGAAUCCCCAGUGCAGAAUGAUCCAGGCUGGAGAAUGCCUAACACCCCUACUUCAGGAGUCAAACGGCUAUGCAUAAGAACAAUCAGACUAACAAUCUGUUUAGAAAUGAUAUUCUCCGGAUUCAAAACACUUCCUAGCCAGUGAUAAAAAAACAAAACAACAUUUUGACAUUUAAGACCAUUCCAAGUGGUGGACAAGGUAAAAUCACCUUCCUAUCGAGCUGUGGAGAGGUGGCAGUAGUCACCCAUGUGUAGGAGGAAAAUAGCUGCUGCUAGUGGAAUAACGUAGCCUCAGAUUGUCGGGGGUUCGUGUCUUGCCGGGGCGAGGGAUCCCACCAGUCUGCCUCACCGAGUGACUCCGCUCCCGUCCAAAGGCAGACCCUCUAUCAAAUGGCAUGGGUCAAGUUCUUCAGGAAGCCGGGGGGCAAUCUCGCCAAAUCCUACCAGCCGGGGAGCAUGCUGUCUCUGGCCCCCACCAAAGGCCUGCUGAACGAGCCGGGGCAGAACAGCUGCUUUCUCAACAGUGCGGUGCAGGUGCUGUGGCAGCUGGACAUCUUCAGACGCAGUCUGAGGCAGCUUCCUGGACACUUCUGUCUCGGAGACUCUUGCAUCUUCUGUGCGUUGAAGGGCAUCUUCUCCCAGUUCCAGCACAGUCGGGAGCGCGCCUUGCCCUCGGACAACCUGCGUCAUGCCCUGGCAGAGACCUUUAAAGACGAGCACCGCUUUCAGCUCGGCUUCAUGGACGAUGCUGCCGAGUGCUUUGAGAAUAUUCUGGAGCGGAUCCACCUGCACAUUGUGCCUGAGGAGACCGAUGCCUGCACCUCCAAGUCCUGCAUCACACACCAGAAGUUUGCCAUGACACUCUAUGAACAGUCUGUGUGCCGUAGCUGUGGGGCAUCCUCCGACCCCCUGCCCUUCACUGAGCUAGUGCAUUAUGUCUCCACCACUGCCCUCUGUCAACAGGUGUAUCAGAGGCGGGACGAGUCAUUUGGAGAGCUCCUGCAAGCUGCCAGCACCGUAGGGGAUUCCCGCAACUGUCCGAGUAACUGUGGCCAGAGGAUCAAGAUCCGCCGGGUCCUCAUGAACUCCCCGGAGAUCGUCACCAUCGGCUUCGUGUGGGACUCAGACCAGUCAGACCUCACAGAGGACGUCAUUCGCUCGCUGGGGCCACACCUCAACCUCUCUGGGCUCUUCUACCGGGUGACAGACGAGGACGCCAAAAAGGGAGAGCUUCUAUUGGUUGGGAUGAUCUGUUACUCCAGCCGCCACUACUGUGCCUUCGCCUUCCACACCAAAUCCGCCAAAUGGGUGUUCUUCGACGACGCCACGGUCAAAGAGAUUGGGACCCGGUGGAAAGACGUGGUCACCAAAUGCAUCAAGGGCCACUUCCAGCCCCUCCUCCUAUUCUACUCCAACCCAGAUGGCAGCGCCAUCUCCGUAGACGACGCCUCGCGCCAGAACAGUGACCGCUCCAACUACAAGUCCCCCGUCAACGGAGACGUCCAAGCACCCGAGUCUCCACUUCCGGGUCCCAAGAAGCUGGAUCUGACCAGGGAGAACCUGAAUGCCCUGCUGGGCCCCGGCAGCUUCAAACAGAAGAGCCAGACCCCUUCCACCUUUACCAAGGGCAGCGGCCAGACUAGCGGGGGCCGAGGACCAGUGAAGCUGGGCACCAGUGAUCCUAAGAGCCGUCUGAAGGACAUCUCCAGAGAGGUGGUCCAGAAGGCAGGGGAGGUCCGGGGGAUGCACCCCUCCAGGAGAGACCAGGACAGGACGGAGAGGAGGAGACAGGACACCCGCUACCGUGAGCCAAUACCAGAGAGGUACUCGCGCUCCGCCUCCCCGCCGGAGAAUUGCUUCAAGCCGCACCUGUAUGCCAGCCAGGGCAAAGGGCCCACCAGGACCGAGAGGACCCCCCACUUUGGCGGCAGGUCCUCCACUCAUGAGGGGCCUCCUCACUCCAGUGUCCAGGUACUACCAGCCCUGCCCAGCGGCGGUGGGGGCUCCGGUGGCGGCCAUUACAGCCGGAGACUGGAGCAGCUUUCUAACGGCUACGACACGGACAGCAGCCAGGACUCGCGGGAGCGCCCUGGGAGCCGGGACGGUGGCCGUAACUCCAGUUCUAGCAGCAGUAGUAGCAGCAGGCCAAGUCGGCCAUGGAAGCCCAUGCGCGAGGUGCUAAACGUGGAUAGUGUGAUAAGUGGCGUUGGUGGUGGUGGUGGAGGGAGUCAGGCGCACCGGCAGCACAGUCCCCACCGGAUACCCUCCAGCCAGGAGGUGGCGCCACCCUCCCCCGAAAGAGACAGGGACCGGGACUUCACAUGGGGCGGGUGCGAGGAGCACAAGCCCAAGAGCCUGAUGACCAUCUACGAGGACGAGCAGCGGCCCGAGACGGGCGGCAGCCGCAGUUCACUGGAGUCAGAGGGCAAGGACAGGUCAAAGGGCAGCACGGUGAUGGCGAGCACGCUGAAGGUGCGCAGUGACAACUGGAAGUUCCAGCGCACCGAGUCGGGAUACGAGAGCAGCGACCGCCUUAGCAACGGCUCGGCUAACCUGGACUCGCCAGUUGUGGAGAACUUCACGUCCAAAGAGCUGAGGCCCAUACCUGAGGUACACCUGACAAGGGACCCCUUCCCUCACUGGCGAGGUGACGACUCCAAGACCGACAUCUUGCAUUCCUCCUUCUCCUAUGGUGAACACCCAGCAAAGUUUCCAGACCUGCAAGAUGCACAUCUCCUCAAAUUGAGUCCAAGUUCACAAAGAAGAAGAGCCUUCCGAUAUACGCAUGGAAUUCUGGAGAGGAGUGAAGGUCUGGAUGACGAGCAGGAGGAUAACCUCGAUGGCAGCCUCAGCCGGGUCAGCCCCAUUCCCCCAUACCUGCCCAAGACCAGCAGCUCAGAGUGGAACAGCCAUGACGACCUCGCCGACCCCUUCUCCGAACAGGAAGAGACAGCACCCCUGGUCCCCAGAGACCCCUCCCCCCAGCCCCACUACCACAUCCUGGCCCCGCUUCUCCCUCCCAAGAGCUACGUCCACCGAUUGACAGACCAAUCGGGCUUCUGCGUUCCCCAGCUCCAGGAGCCCUUUCGGACAAGCCCCCGAAAUGAGACCAAAAACGGUCCGAUCCCCUCCCUCUCCAAAACCACCCUCCGCAGGUGGAUUGAGAUGCCCGCCGAGCACAAGCUCUCAUCGGACGCUAGCUCCAAGUCAGGCUCGUCGGACCAGGACCGGAAUGAUCUGUCGGCCAGUGAGAGCGGAGAGGAGAAGUUUCCCAGCUCAAUGCCAGGGGACGACACGGACGACUUAGAGUGCCCGGUGACAGUGGAGAUGGUUCUACCUAUGGGCCUCCCCACCACCUACUUCUCUGUGGACAAUUGUAUGACGGAAACAUACCGGGCCAAAUACCACCAGAGGCCCACCCUGUACAUGAUGACGGACGCUAAAGGCGGGGAACAACACGUGUCGUCUGGUGACAGCGACCUGGGAGAGGGGGGACUCCCCAUCCCAGAGGCCCAACCUACAGAGCCCCCCAAGAGCCGGCCUGAAUCAGGUUACUACACCAGUAAACCUAUAGCUAAAUGGAAUCCUGUAACACCCAAAGGACUUGAUGAACAUGGGUUUCUGUGAUGGAAACUACCGUUGAAGGGGCCUGGUAUGAAAGCCACAUUUAGAACAAUCUUCAUCUCCUUCUAAAAGUGUUGAAACCCUCUUACGGUGACGCUUAUAUGCUUGUACAGAUGUCAUAUCAGAAGUCAGAUAUUAAUCUGGAAUGCCAAAGAGAUUGGUAACUCCCAGAGGCAGUACAAGUCUGAAGAGUACUCUUCAGUUCAGCAGUAGUCUCAGGAGUCUUGCGCCACCCCUGCAGAACAGUCUUCGUACGAUUGUGAUUGUGGCCACUAGAUGGCAGCAGCAGUAAUUGUGGAUUUGCACAGUAGAACGCAAAAAAAUAAAUAAUGAAAGAGGAUCCAAAUCUAGGAUGGUUCUUGGUCGACGCAGGGACCUGCUCGAACUUACUUCCAAGGUCAUUCACGGGUUUGCUCACUGAAGAAUAUCUCCCACGAAACCACUUUUCCCCUCCAGAGAUUAUCAAAUAAACUACAUGUAACAAUGACAAUAACUCAUCUCUAACCUUUACGCAGAAAAUCUAUGGAAUGCUUGUAUUUAUUUCUUGAAUUACGGUCAUUUCAGUGUUAUACGGUGACUGCGCUACUUCUGCCUAUGUAACAAGGUGAGGUACAUAAGCCUUGAGCAGGUUUUUACUGUCAAUUUCCAGUGUUGAUGCAUUCAUGGAAUAAGGGAGAUUCAGUUUGUGUACACUUAUGCAUUGUGUUUGUAGGAGCACAUCUAAAAUAAAUCCCAAGGGUCCCCCUGAGUGGCCAGAGGCACCUGGUGUUGGGUGAAUCUGUUCCAGUCCGAGGUUGCUUGAGAAAUGGCUCUCUCCUAAGAGGCUAUUUUUGAAAAUGUUUGAAAAAAAAAUGUCUAAAACAAAUCACAGUAAGGUACUUCAUUGUUACCCAGAAAUUAUUUGAGAUUGAGAUAAAAACGGCUACAUUGGACCUUUUUUAAUAAUUGUUAGGAGAGAAGCAUCUCAAGUCAUUGGCAUCUGGUGUAUGUUCUAAGCUGCCUUUUUAACCCUGCCAUCCCAGGGGUGUAUUCACUAGGAACCAAAUGGACGAAAUGGGGAGGGACUAACCUGAACUUGUUCAAUAAGAAACACUAAUUUUCGUUAAAUGGUUUGCACUAACAAAUACACCCCUGAACAUUUGCUGCUAUGUUUUGUAAGGCUUUCUAUCCCCAGUUCAGAUCACCUCUCACACUCUUUUCCAGAUAUAAGCUUCUGUGUUCGCUCUUUAAUGUUUCUCCUGUCACAUACUGGGCAGUAUGUUAAAGGUAUGUUACUUCUCAUGUUGUCAAACCAUGCUUCUGUAUAUUUGUCUUCGAGUACAUUUGUCUCCUGGGUCAAACACGUGUCAAAUACGUUAGGAGUGUUUAAUUUAGAUUUUCCUGUACAAUGGAACCAAUUGAAUUAGAUCCAAAUGCCCAAACUCCAAGCUAAAUCCAGCCCAACUCAAACUUGUGUAAGUAUUUGAAAUAUGAAUUUGACCCAGGUCUGUUGAUUUACCUACACUUAAACCAAAACCUCAAGAAUGGAUUGAGUAAUGGAUGUUAAGUAAGGAUUUUAGGAGUGUCUUAAUGAAGUAGAAAAGGCCUGCUGUUCUGCAGGUAUUGUUCUAUCUUGACCCCCAGAAAUUAUCAGAACAUUGUCUACAUGUACAUCCUAUGUAUUUCAUGGUGACAUUCUAGAGAUGCUGUAAAAAUGUUAUUUUGUGUUUUGAUAUAUUGCUCAGCAGACUUCACUGCACAGUGCCUUUCUAGUUUUUUUUAUGUCGAAACGAGUUGAAAUAGGAGCCAUCAUUUGUACAAUAUGUUAUUUUUAAAAAUGUUUUUUUAA